AUGGCACCAGCUCAUUUCAAAUACGAAGAUUUUCAACAUAGAAAAAAAUUUAGAGUUGAAUUUAUUGGAUUUGAUGAUUCUCAUACAGCACUGAAAGCCAUGAAAAUAACAGCACUACAUUUCAAAAAAUGCAUGAAAAAUCCUGUUCAUAUCCCAAAGGUUUAG